GUCGCGUCGACGGCACACUACAUGUCCCAUUCCUAACACGAAAGGUUUAAAUUAACGGUGCCAUCGAUAUUUUGUCAGCUUUCCAACUGCGCUGACAUGUGUAAUGUAACACGAAAGAAACUGCCAUCAUCAUGAAUUAACCUACGGAAGGUACCCUCCGAUUUCUACGACAGCCGUGGUACAGUUUCAGAGACCUUUUCCUUCUGAGAACAAGAUUGGUCAGGAAAAGAAAUGGCAGACGCACGUGAAUUCGAAGAGGUCCGCGGGACACACGUCCCAAGCAACAAUACACUGAGGAGGAGUCAAAGCUCAGUUGAACAAUACUCCAAGGCUGAAACCGAGAGAAAAAGAACAUCUUUUUCUAUUUCUGACAGCGCACUACAAGCAAACUAUGGGAGUGUUGAUCAAAUUUUCUUCCCAUUUUCAUCACAUCCUGGAGAGGAAAAUGGUCCAGUUAUUGGGGAAAAGACUGUGUACGUUAGGCAACAGAUCCCAGAAGUCACUCUCUCCGAAGUUGCUAGGGGUGUUGGCCCUCAAUGGGAGGAGUUGGCAAAAGCACUUGAGUUCAACCAAGACGAAAUCACGAAGAUAAGAGAAGACUUUUCAUCCAGUGAAUCACCAGCCUUGGAAUUACUCAUGACAUGGAAACAACGUUGUCCGAGAGAUCAGUUGACGAGGUUGUUCGACGCAUUACUGGUUAUCGACAAGACAGACAUUGCACGAAAAGCACUGAAACGAAAUUCAGACCUACGUCGGUCUUCCAAAUUCUCGAAAAAAACGUCUAAAGACGUUUGUGGAGUAGAUCUGAACUUCAAUGGCAAUGUUCCUGAGAGAAGUAUGUUAGAGAAAGUGGUGGACGAAUUCAAAAAGCGGACCAGAAAUAUGAGCGACAAAGAGCGGCUUGAGGCGCGCUGCCAGCUAUCGGAUAUCUCCAUCGGCUACUUCGGCAUCCAAGGUGGAAGCUUGUGCCUGGAAAGGUACGGUGUAAGACUCAUCAUCCCACCAGGCGCAGUGGUAACAGACCAUCCAAAGAUGGUUUACGUCUCUAUUAGAUCCACUCUAGCUGCAGUUGACAAGCUUCGGCCAGGAGAGAUUCCUCUCUCGCCGGUAAUACAGUGCGCUCCUGAAGGUUUGAAGUUUGCAGAGAGCGUUGUCCUAUCCUUCCCUCAUCACGCAGUAAGCAAACGACACUCAACCAUGGGGAUUCGAAUGCGUAAUGGGGAUUCAUCGAGUGGAAAGUGGGAAGACUUCGAUGGAAACAUUGCUAUGACAAGUGACAAACAUGUCGUCCUUCUUGUGAGCCACUUCACUGAGUUUACUGUAGUUGAAACUUUAUCCCCGGGAAGCACUAAACGUCUGAAGGUGGGUGCCUUUGGAACGAAGGCAUUGCCUGACGAUGAUCGGUAUACACUCUUGGUCUACGCCUGGGAUAACAAUCCUAUUGCUAACCAGGAAGUAAUGACUGAACAGAAGGGGAGCUACCAGUUAGACGUCUUCAGACCAUUCGAAAUUACCUACUCUAAGGGUGAUUUGAAUAUCAGAAUGUCUAAGAUCGCUAAAUCCUGGAAAAUGAUUAACGAACAGGUUCAAAGUGUCAACAAGGAAACGAUGUGGACGUUUCCAUUUCAUUCAAGGACCUUUCACCUUAAGAGACGGAGUGGAUGUCUCCAUGUUUCAAGCAGCAAGGAUCUAUUCUGUGACGUAGACAUUUACCAAGGCAGAAAACAGGCUGGGUCUCUCAAAGUCCAGCUGUCACUCUUUCCUGCAGGAGUGCUGGAGCAGAAAAAAAUUCAGGAGCUUGUUUGUCCGCAUUGUCAAUCGGUACGAGAUUCAACUCCCUGCAGUAACUUCACGGCCGAAUUUGAGGCUGCCUUCUCAAGGAAAGUUCACGGUGAGGACGACAUUGUGGGCUACAUUGGUUGCUACGGUUUGCCAGAGACAAGGGUGAUGACUCUUUGCGAGCAUCUAGACGCUGAGAAAAAAUGGCUUCAAGUUGCUGAGCAUUUGACCCCGAAAGGCUAUCAGUUUAUUAAAAAGGCUGAAGACAUGACACAUCCAACCAAGGAAAUGUUGAAAGCAUUUUUCGAAGCGAAGAAAUUACUCGGUAGAGGACGUGAAGAUGCAAUCGACGACCUAAGAAAGAUUUUUGAGGAAAUUGGCUUCGAUAGGGCAGUGGAGAUUAUUACUGAGAAGUCCGAGCAAACCAGUUCGGUAUUUUAAAAAAGUCAGGUCUGUUCGCGACAAAAGCACAACUGUGAUUAGGCGUAUAGCCGCAGCAAUAGGGUUGAGCUUGCGUGCGCUUACAACUGUUCCCAAAUUAACUCGGACACGCUUCAUUUUGGGCAUGCGCUGUAUGUUGAAUACCGAAUCGAAUGGCUCAUGGGAAAGAUUUGGUCCAUUCGCUCCUGUUUUGCAGCCAGUGAAUGUUAACAACUCAAAUACAUUUUGAAUGACAGCUAUGUUCAUCAACAACGUGCUUUCAAAUAUUUUCUAGUGAGAGUGUAAGGUAAAAACACACUUACACCAAUAGACAAAGCACAAACCGAAUCCAGUCAGUGUCUUAAACUAGUAAUUUUUAAGGAGUAUAUUGUGUUUUGUUUUAAGAAGUUUUUAAAAUGUUGAUGUGUAAUUUUUCGAAAAUGCUCUUCACAACAGUUAUCCAAACUUUAACAUGAAAGCUACCACGAUGCGAGGUCACUGCUGCCGGCUUGUUUCAUUCGUCAUUACGUUAUUUUGAGGAUAACUUUCUUUACUCUGAUCCACAAUUAUUUCCUGACAGAGAUAUUACAUUUAAUGCUUAUAAUAAUUUAGGCCUACAAACACCGUUUGAUAUCCAUUGCAAGGUUAGGUCAAAGAAGUCUUUGGUUUCUGGUCAGCGCGCAUGUCGCCGUAGACCAGCGCAUCGGCAAAAUAAAAACAUACUGUUAUUUGGUAUGUCAAACUUGCUUAAUCGACAGAAAUCCUGCUACUGCGCAAAUUGAACGUGUUUUUGAUGGGUUACCGUUGAGUAAUAGGCUGUGUCCGAAUCACUUGGCUGCGGCUUGAAAUUACACGCGAGUCUAUGAUAGUGGCCGCGGCCAGUUCCCAUAGAGUGUGUAAUUUCCGGUUGUAGCCAAGUGAUUCAGACACGGCCAUUAUGUACAGUAAAGGAGUCCCUUUAGUUCCCAAUACAUUUAGUCGAGUACUCUUUUUUCAGAUGACGUCAUUUCUUUAUUGUACAUUUACAUCUGGGAACCAAACGAUUAGGUCUUAUGUCC